ACAUCUUUAACCACUGUUAACUUGUGGCUGCGGAUGUAUCAAAGUUGUCAUUUAUAUAAAAAUUAAUAUUGAAGUUGUUCUUGUGUAUUAGGUAUUGGAUAUUAUUCAAAUUUCUUUAUUAAAAAUACAUUCAUAAUGGAAAAGGAGGAUGAUUUAAAGAGUAUAUUUCUUAAAGAAAAUGUAAAUGUAUGGUCAGAAAAGCAAUCUACUUUAGAAGAACAGGCAUUGAAAGAAUUAGAAAUUGUUGCUAGAGAAAACACUGAGAAACAAAACGUCGAUAUUUCGGAUAAACAAAAAUGUAUAAACGUAGCAACAGUUUCACUAGAUAUAAAUAGUUAUAUUCAACGACAACAAAAUUUAAAAAAGAGACAAGAUUUUAAUAGAUCUCUGAAUGAGGUUAGUUGUAAAACUACAAAAAUAGCUAAAAAAAGACAAAAGGUUAACGCAACUAUUGAUACUGAUAAUUAUUUGAUGGCUGAUGAUAAAGGGGAAGACAAAUUUGAAACUGACAAGGAAAGUAAUGAGACGGAAUCAGGAAGUGAAUAUGUACCAUCUGAUUUAGAUUGUGAGAGUGAUAAGGAACAUUAUAAUUUUUCCGUUUCCCAAAAACAAACAAAACGAAAAAGAUCUGAAAAUAAUAUCAAAAAAAUUAUAGAUGACGGAAUUUUAGAAAAUUACCAAUCACGCCUUGAUAAUUAUUAUAAAAAAUUAGAAGAUGAAGAACUAUUAAAAAAAUUAGAAGGUACUUGUAAUGAGGACGUUGAAUAUCAUAUGCUUAAAGGAGGUUUAAAAGUUACCAUCAAUAUUUGGAAUAAAUUAUAUACAUAUCAACAGGAUUCAUUGAAAUGGUUGUGGAAAUUGCACACAAAAAGUUCGGGAGGUUUAUUGGGUGAUGAAAUGGGAUUGGGAAAAACAGUACAAAUAAUUGCAUUUUUACAUUCCUUGGAAUAUAGUAAAAUCAGCUCUUGUCAUGGCAGGUUUAUUGGCUUGGGCCCUUCUUUAAUAGUAUGUCCAGCUACUGUUAUUUAUCAGUGGCUUAAGCAUUUUCAGGAAUGGGCACCAGAAUUUCGUGUUGCAAUACUUCACCAGUCUGGAAGUUUUCAUGGUAACAAAGCAACUUUGAUUAAAGAAAUGCACAAAAGCAAAGGAAUCAUCAUUACAACUUAUUUGGGUGUCAUUAAAUACCAAACAAAUUUGUUGGAUUACAAUUGGCAUUAUAUCAUACUUGACGAGGGUCACAAAAUUCGAAACCCAACUGCCAAAGCCACUGUUGCAAUCAAACUGUUCAAAACUCCGCAUCGUAUUAUGUUAACGGGUAGUCCCAUGCAAAAUGAUUUGACUGAGUUAUGGAGUUUGUUAGAUUUCACCAACCCCGGAUUAUUAGGGAAUUUAAAAACAUUCCAAGAGCAUUUUUCAACUCCAAUUCUGCAUGGUGGUUUUGCUAAUUCUACACCAAUGCAGGAAGCAACGGCUUUAUCAGUGGCUAGCAUUUUAAAAGAUUUGAUAUCUCCUUAUUUAUUAAGACGAAGUAAACAGGAAGUACAACAUCACAUUUUGUUACCAAAUAAGACAGAACAAGUAUUAUUUUGUUCCCUUUCUGAUGAACAAAAAUUGUUGUAUAAAGAAUAUUUAAUGGACGAUGAUGUAAGUCAUAUUUUGGGCAAAGGAGUUAAAAAUUGGGCAGCUGAUAAUCAUGUGAGAGCCAGAGUAUUUGUAGCCAUAACAAAACUUAGAAAAAUUUGUAAUCAUCCAGACAUAUAUUUAUCUGAAACCAAGGAUGAUGAGACAAGUAUGUCAUCGACCUUUGGAAAUUAUAAAAAGUCCGGAAAAAUGAUUGUGGUAUCCGCUUUAUUGAAAAUCUGGAAGAAAGAAGGUCACAGGGUAUUACUUUUCACACAAACUCGAUCAAUGAUCAAAAUAUUUAAAGAUUUUUUGAACGAACAAGGUUAUAAAUAUUUAAAAAUGGAUGGAACGACUCCAAUAAGCAGCCGACAACCGAUGAUACAAACCUUCAACACUGAUUCUAGUUAUGAUGUUUUUCUUCUGACAACUCGAGUAGGUGGAUUGGGCGUUAAUUUAACAGGGGCCGAUCGUGUCAUAAUUUAUGAUCCAGAUUGGAAUCCAGCAACAGAUACACAAGCGCGAGAAAGGGCAUGGAGGAUAGGACAAGAUAAACAGGUUACUAUUUACAGGCUGUUGGCAGCGGGAACAAUAGAAGAGAAGAUGUAUCAGAGACAAGUGUGGAAGCAACUUCUCAGUAACAAAAUACUAGUGGAUCCUGCGACAAACAAAUUCUUCAAAUCUUCCGAUUUAUUCGAUUUGUUUUCUUUACAAGAAAGUAAUCAAGAUACUAAUCCGGAAACUGUUAAUAUUUUUCAUAAUUCUAGAGUAAGAAUUCAAGAGAAGCUAAAAGAAAAGAAAAGUAAAAGAAAAUCGAAAAAAUCGGACACAUUUUUUAGUGAAGAUAAAAUUCAACAAAUGAAACUAUUGGCUCAACAAAUAGCGAGAAGUUUAACCAAGAAACCGACUAACCUACAAAUCGAAUUGAAUGCCGAAAAGAUGGAAAAACAGGAAGAACGCCAAGAAAUGAAAACCUUAGAUGUGGGAGAAUUGUUGAGAUAUAACAAAGAAAAAGAAAUGUAUCAGGGCACCAAUGAGUUUGUCAAUAAAAUUGAUGAUUGUGAAGCGGUUGUUGGUUUUUCAGAAGCUUUGGAAUAUUCGGAGAAAACGGCCAAAUUACAUAAUAAUUUGAAAAGCGGUAAAGAUAUUAAUAAGAUUGUAAACCAUGUCAAAAAAGCGAAACGUAGUGUAACUAAAACGCCGGUCAAACUUAUAACCGAGUUCAAGAAAAGGAAAAGGGAUAAAAGUGACAUGGUUGAUACUUCAGGCAAGGUAGACGGAGAAAAAAUCGAAGGAGUAGUUAGGAGAGAAAUUAAAAAAAACAAACGGAAACAUAAAAAUCCUUCAGGUGUGAAUAAACAACAGGAUGAUUUCAUAUUGGGGAAAUUGUUUCAAAAGAAAGGUGUUUUUGGUGCUGUACAACAUGAUUCAGUAAUUCAAGAAUAUUCUCGAAAUAAUAAUUUAAAAAUUCGUACAGAGGCUAAAAUGAAAGCAGAACAAUCAUUGGAAGCGCUUAGAAAGUCCAGAAUUGAUAAUUGGAAAUGGUAGUGAUAUUUUUUUUGUUUUUUUUAAUAUUUGUUAUUUGAAUAGUUACCUCGUUUGUAUUCUAUGAAAUAAAAAUAUAUAUUUUGUAAA